AUGACUUUAAUGACAAUUACAUCAUUUGUAUGUCUUCUGCUCAACAUUUCCUACAUAAUUGCUCUAUUGAUUGUGUGCGUAAGAAAACGAAACGUUGAAACAAUAAAAGAGAAAAAUGAGCAGUACAAACCAUCGGAAAAGCCAAAAAGCUCAAAAGAAAAUCGAAAGGAGCCUUUGGGCCCCUCCCCCUUAUCAAAUGCCGCGGUCACUAAAGAAGCUGCUGUUGUUGUUGCUGCUGGAGUACCUGCUAAACAAGUACUACAACGAAAUUCGACUGCAGCUAAUCAAAUGCAGCAAAAAAUUAAUGAUGGGAGCGAAGAUAGUUCAAGAGGUCACAAAGUCCUACAACUACCUUUUGUGGUAUUCUUCAGAGCAGCGGUGUAUCCUUAA